AUGCACCUUCCACUUGUGAGUUAGCACCCUUGUAGCUAAUGGCCAAAGAAAAGCCCACCCCCCCGAAUUCAUCUCCAUUCUCUUACGCUGCUACACUGGUCAAGGCGUUGGGACGUAUCUCGCCGUCUGCGCUUCAGACAGACGCGAUAUAUCGUUUUUGGUCUACUGGUCAACGCGUUCACGCAAGGUCCAUACGAUCUUCACUGAAUAUCGUACGAGAGACUUGGACCACACCAUGUCUCCAGAACCGGCACGCAACUCUGAUCUGACAGGACCUGCCUUUACCUACACAGAGCUCCCGCGAGAGUCUCCAUAUCCCACUACUCGUAUGAUACGCCUUCUGCCGAAUAAAGAUAAAGAUGCAGAAAUCGAAUGCGAACUCUUCAACUAUGACUUAGCGUCAGGCGGCGGCGCGGAUUCGCACCUCUACGAGGCCCUUUCCUACGUAUGGGGAAGUAACACGAAAUCUCGGACCAUCAAAUUGAACAGUUACGUAUUCCCCGUAACGGAGAACCUCUAUCUUGCGCUGUCACGUCUCCGGAAUCGGCAGCUUGAGAGAAUACUGUGGGUUGAUGCGAUUUGCAUUGAUCAGAGUAACCGGGAUGAAAAAGCCAAGCAGAUCCCACUGAUGAGGGAAAUAUAUGCACAAGCUCAACAUGUCAUUGUUUGGCUUGGAGAGGCUUACGAAGAUGGCGAUAGAGCCCUUGAAGGACUCCGGUGCCUAGCGGAAGGGCAGGAUGUAGAUAUUAGGGGGUGUAAAGCACUAUGUGUGAAUUUGUUCGAAAGAGCUUGGUUUCACCGUAUUUGGGUACUUCAGGAAGUUGGUGUCGCAAGAUCCAUUUAUAUCAUGUGUGGCUCAGUUCAGAUAAACGGACAUAUCUUAUGCGAAGGCCUCAAUAAACUUAGUCUUACCCCAAAAGAUCAAGACAUGAUAGGCCCAAUCGUUUUUCUUAUCAAGGGGGCGCUUUUCAGGCCCAAAUAUGAGCCCAUGUCACGAGGAUCUCUUACUAUUGGGGAGCUUGUGGGCAUGUACUGCUUCCACGAUGCUACCGAGCAGCAUGAUAAAGUUUACGCACUUCUAGGCUUAAGUGCUGACCCGAUGACACCCGCUCUGACGCCAAACUAUGACUUCCCCUGGAACAAGGUGUUCAAGCAAGUUACCAGUUACAUUUUCCCAGAUGGUUCCGUGGAAACAUGGCCUGGAUCAGAUAUAGUCAUCAUCAGAGGCAAGGGUCGGGUUCUAGGCCAUAUUUGCUCCGUGCAACGAGUAUCAGACUUCGGCCAGCAAAAAGUGAAAGUCUAUCUCAAUAAUACAGCCCGGUCAAUCGGUUAUGAGAGCGAAUGGGAAGCUGGUUGGGAACUCCAAACUUUUGCACAGGCCUUUAACCCCGGGGAUAUCGUUUUCCUUCUUCAUGGGGCUUCGAGACCAAGUAUCAUUAGACUUUGCAGAGACCAUUUCAGGAUAAUCACACCUGCCGUGACUCUUUGCAAAAUGCGCCCCAGAGAUUCUCCGGAAAGCAAUUUUCAUGAAUGGCAUGCACUGGGUAGAUCAUGUGAUAUCUUACUGGCGUGGAGAAUUCCUCUGAAUAAUGAUACUAGGCCUCAGAAAUGGCCUGAAACAGAGCUCCCUGACAUGGUUCCAGCCUACCAAGAACAGUCCUUGAAGGCGGAAUAUAGACGAAACAAUAUUACCCGAAUCAUGGCAGGCGUUGCCAUGGGAGCAUUGGCCUUGGAGAAGUCAGAAGACGAUGAUGUAGCGCGCUUGCUCGUUUUGAGUGGUACAGAUGAUUCAAUUGUGAAGCAAUUGACUAAGGCUUCUGCAAAGGACAUUCGAUCCUCUCCUGACAAGAUCUUGCAAAGCUUUUUUCAAAGUGAGCAAGACGAUCUGUCAAUCUCCGAGGAAAUGCUCACGGCAGUGGCAGAGAAUGAUGGACCAUGUGGCUAUAUAAUCAUGGAGCUCCUUUUCCAGCUUCAGGGGUCCAGUCUUCCCAUCUCUGAAGAAGUAAUUGAGGCAGCAGCAGGAAACUCUGGAAGGUAUGGACAUCAGGUUAUGAAGGCUAUCUAUCGCCACCGUGGAGAGUUCUUCCCGAUUUCCGAAGAGGUGGUCAAGGCAGCGGCAGGGAAUACUGGAAUAAAGGCAGCCAAGAUAUUGAAGCUCCUCUUUAAAGCGCAAGGGGAAGCCAUUCCAAUUUCUGAAGAAGUACUCAAAGCGGCAGCAGGAAACCGCUCAAUUUAUGGGUUCGAGAUUUUAAAGAUUAUCGUUCACCAUCGUGGCCAAGAUCUCCUGGUCUCUGAAGAUGUGAUUAUAACCGCAAUAGAGAAUCAUCAUUGGGGAUACGACAAUAUCCAUUAUCUCCUUGAAUGCUGCGAUAGAACAGUUUCAGUUUCUGAGGCACUGCUUAAGGCAGCAGUAGCAAGGCACGUGUCAUUCUUGAGAUUACUUAUUGAGCAAGGAGAGGAAAGCCUUCCAGUCUCUGAGGAAGUGGUUAAGGCAGCAGCAGGAUGUGUUUUUGGGCAUGAGUCCCUGGAAUUACUCCUUCAAUGUGGAGAGAAAAGUAUUCCAAUCUCUGAGGAGGUGAUUAAGGUAGCGGCAGGAAAUGAGAUGCAUGGGGAUAGAAUCCUGGAAGUACUCUUUCAGUACGCAGAGGGAAUUCUUCCAAUGUCUGUGGAAAUGGUUAAGGUAGCGGCAAGGAAUGGAAUAUCUUUUACAGAAUUACUAGAGGAAAAACUCUUCAAACGAGAAGGGAAAAGGCUUUAUAUGAGUGAGGAAGUGGUCAAGACAGCAGCACAGAAUGAGGGCAGUGGACCUGCACUUAUGGAAUUCCUCUUCCAACAGGAAGGAGAUA